AUAAAUAACUUUCUCUCUAGUUCUCCAGUCUCGACUUCAUCAUGUCAAGAGUUCCCGACCCACUAACCGUUGGAAGAGUUAUAGGAGAAGUGGUGGACAACUUCACCCCAAGUGUUCAAAUGGAUGUAACUUACAACACCAACAAACAACUCGCCAAUGGCCAUGAGCUUAUGCCUCCAGUCAUCGCUGCUCGACCUCGGGUCAAUAUCGGCGGUGACGAUUUGAGAGCUGCUUUCACAUUAAUCAUGACAGAUCUUGAUGCUCCAAGCCCUAGUAACCCCUUCUUGAGAGAACACUUGCUCUGGAUGGUGACUGACAUCCCUGGUAUUACCGAUGCUUCAUUUGGGAAGGAAGUUGUUAGCUACGAGAGCCCAAAUCCGGCAGUCGGCAUCCACAGAUACAUAUUCGUACUGUUCAAACAGUUAGGAAGAAGAGCGGUGAGUCCACCGUCUUCGAGGGAUUACUUCAACACCAGAAGGUUCUCAAUCGAGAACGGUUUGGGCCUCCCAGUGGAAGCGGUGUACUUCAAUGCCCAUAGAGAAACUGCCGCAAGAAGAAAAUGACUAUGGCAGGCGGCAUCCGUGGUCCAUAGUCCAUACAUAAUAAUAUAUAGAUAU